CAGUCGGGGUGCGGGUCUAGCGCUUCAUCCGAGCGAAUGCCCAAAAGACGCCUCGAUAUCAAAAGGCAUGGAGGAACAAAGUGCUUGUCCGCGAGGCAGCUCGGGGGUGCUUGUGACGCGAUGUGGCUUGUUGUACAUGGCGGCGUUUUUGGUUUGACUAGAUGUUUGGAGAUUUGUCAACGUCACCGAAUCACAAGAGGGGAUGAUGUUGCCAUGUGUGUGUGUGUAUGUACGCAACGCCCGGUAUCUCCUCGGUUUUUGUGGGUGUCCUUUCGCUUUGAGCCGUGACGAGGCCAGAUUUAUAUCUCAUAUGUGAGACUCUUGUUGAGGGAUCUUUGACGAAGAUGUCCGUUUACGGCUUGGCGGAGUCGCUUCGUGAUGUCCGUGCUCGUUCUCUCUUUCUCUUCCACAAGGUAUGCCUGCCCCCUCUCGUCAAUGACGAGCUGUGCAACACACGCUUUCCCCUCCCCCUUUCUCCAAUCAAAAGUCCGUCACCCGCCCAUUGUAGCUGUAGUCACCUCCCGCUCCCCACCUGAGGGGCUCGUUCUUGGGCCCGCCGACCUCGCCCGUCUUUGGGUUGACGUCGCCCUCGAACUCUGGCGGGGCGCCCUUGCGGAGUGGUGUGGGUGCCACGGCGUCGUCGACGAUGCCCUUGACCCCGGACGUCGCUGUUGUCGCUGUCGCUGCUGCGGAUGUGGAUGUGGACUUGGUGGCGGUCGGGGUGCUGGGGAUGACAAAGUCGGCGGGGGUGGCGGAGGGGUUGAAGCCCUCCUGUGUGUUGGCGGUGCGCUGGAGGCGCUCGAACUCGGCUUGUUCCUCGGCGGGGAGGCGAGGGGGGCUGGGCCGGUCUCGAAGGGCGAGGAGGAGUAGAGACGCUGCGCGCGGGAGAAUGAUGAUGAUGUUGGAGCACGAGUGCGCCGGGCGGUGGUGGCGGCGAGGGAGAAGAGGCGGCUGCGUACGGCAGAGGCCAUCGUUGCUGCUGCUGCUGCUGCUGGGUAUUGGUUUUGGUGUGGACGUGCUAUUGCAAGAAUUCGAUGCGAAUUGGCGUGUGGUCAGUGUGUGUCGUGUGCUAUGGUGGUAGUGGACUUUGCAAGAGGGUGAAGAUGGUGGUGACGAGGUCAAA